AUGUCGUUCUCCUACGAUCCGGACGAGACAGUCGUUUGCUACGUCGACGGCUCAUGCCUUGGCAAUGGCACAGCUAACGCGCGAGCAGGCUGGGCCGUAUGGUGGGACAACUACGACCUCAAGCAUCUCAACAAGGCCGGUCGCCUGACUGGCGACAUUCAGACCAACAAUCGGGCCGAGCUGACUGCCAUGAUCGAGGCCGUCGAACGCUUCCCUGACGAUGGUCGCAACUUCAUCAUUUUCACCGACAGCUCUUACGUCCUACGGGCCGUGAAUGAGUGGCUCCCGUACUGGGAAGAGUAUGGAUGGAACACUUCGGCCGGUCAACCUGUCAAGAAUCAGGAUCUCAUUGCGCUGCUUGACUUCAGGAUGAGCAGAUGCGAUGUGAGACCUGAGCUCCGAGCUGUCAAAGGACACUCCAACACCUUUGGCAACGACAAAGCGGAUCGUAUGGCCAAGUACGGCGCCAACCUCCCACGUCCCGACUAUUACUGA